AAAACAGUUUGAUUUGAGAGUUGAAACAUGCCUGACGUGUACGGUUUUGAAAGCGUCUUGCCAUAACUAACAAACAACAGUUUGAAUAUUUUAAUUGAAAUACAAAAAAGUAACCGUUUUUAUUUUGGGGUUUUUUAACAUCAAUACUUUUGAACAAAAAACAACUCUAUUAAAAAUAAUAAUAAAAUUGUAUUUCAAAAUUUAAAUUUUUUUAGUACUUCUACUCAAAAUUCACUUAAACGCCAACAAAUUUUCAGUGUCAUUAAAAACAUUUUUUUAUUUUUCCUAUAAAAAUUUAACAAUUUAUAAUUAAAAAAACGCUAAAAACUCUUUAGAAACAUAUAACACAUUUUAAAAAUUUAAUUAACGCCUUUUAGUAACAAAAAAUAUAUAAAAAAGAAAAUUACAACUUUUACUUGAAUAUAAAAAAAAUACAAAAAGUUUCUCUUAAAACAAUAAUUUAAAAAAAAAAUACAACAAAAAUAGAAAACAGUGCAACACCUCUCAAUUUGUCUGCAAUUUAUUGACAUCCCCAACAAUAACAACAACAAUUAACCGCUAAACUUGUGACAACUUAAAUUUUCAACACCCACUGGCAUUUUGCAAAGGAAAUUGUGCAAUUUUUUUUUUAACUGAAAUAUCAUCUAUAUUAUCAUUUAGCAACCGAUCAUGGAGAUCACUUCAGUGGAGGUUCGUCCAAAUUCUAUUGCCGAUGUUAAGGUAGAUGCAUCUUUUCGACGAAUACCAAAAAAUGCCAUCUGCUUUCAUGUUUGGAAAAUUGAGGAAGAUCGUUUGGAGGCCGAACCAAAAGCUCAAUAUGGUACAUUUUUGGAUGAUUGUGCUUAUAUAAUAUAUGCUUGUGGUCCAACGGGAACAUUUGUAAAUCAGGAUACAAUCACCCGUGAAGUAAAACCUUCUAUCAGCUUAGAACGUUUCAUACACUUUUGGUUGGGUGAAAAUGUAUCCGAACAGAAACGUUCCAAUGUGGCUCAUAAAAUACAAGAGCUGGACUCUUAUUUCGGUAAUGUGGCCACCGAAUAUCGUGAAACACAAAAUAAUGAAAGUGCUAGAUUUCUAUCGUAUUUCAAAAAGGGAAUAACCAUUAAAUCGGGUGCUCUUUUAAAUUCUAAUGAUCCCAAUCGUUUAUAUCAAGUCUAUGGUCGCAAAUGGAUGCAUUGUAUUGAAAUGAAAAAUAUUUCUUGGGAACAUUUUGGUGCCGAUUAUAUUAUGCUCUUACAUACCGCUAAUCAUUUAUAUGUUUGGAUUGGCCGCUCUAGUAGCAAUGUAGAAAGACGUAAUGCCAUAGAAUUGGCCAAUAAAUGGCAAACGAAUGCGAACAAUAUCACCAUUGUCGAUGACGGUUAUGAACAAUCUUUGCCGGAAAAUCGUAAAAAUGAAUGGAAUACAUUUUUACCUUUGAAUCAACGGGCAGUAUCACAAAAUUCCCAAAUUCCGGAGAAACCAGUGUGCAAUAAAUUGAAAAUUUAUAAGUGCUGUUAUCGCAAUAAUCGUUUGCAUUUGGAUCAAUUGGAUGUGGUCAUACCGACUAAAGAUGAUUUUAGUGACUCUAGCACGGCUUAUGUGCUAGAUGGUUUUUCUCAAGGCGUUUGGUUGUGGGUGGGUAGUCAAGCCUCUCAACCGGAUAAGACCAGUGCUAUGGGCAAUGGUAGGGCGUUUGUUAAGAAGAAAAAAUAUCCCUACAGCACACCAGUUAUCAGAGUUAUAGAAGGUCAUGAACCCAUUGAGUUUAAACGAUUAUUUCCCUCUUGGCAGCAGGAUAAUAAUGAUACCACUUCCUCGGCCAAACCUAUUUCAACUAUAUUGGGUAAAUUUGAUUCCUUGACUUUAUGCCAAAGACCCAAAAUGGCUGCUGAAACUCAGCUAAUUGAUGAUGGUUCAGGAGAGCGUAAAAUUUAUCGCAUUACCAAGGAUCAAGUUAUAGAAAUGCCAGAAACCAAAGCUGUAUUCUUUACUACACUUCAGUCCUAUGUUAUACAAUAUACCGUAGCGAGCUGCUCUAUGAAUCCUUUAGACAGUGAAAAUGUAGGCGUUAAGCAAAUCAUUUAUCAAUGGAACGGCUCAGAGGCUGCCGUGGAUGUUGCCGCUAAAGCUGAGAAUUUUGCGAAAACUUUAUUUGAAAAAUCAAAUCAAAAAACCAUGUUUAUACAAAUGAUGGAAUUCGAUGAAACUCCACAUUUCCUGCAAAUGUUUGGCGGAAAGUUAAUUAUUUUGUUGAAUGACAAAAACAUGCCACACUCUCAAAAUAACAAUAAUCAUAAUGGCAUUAAUGGUGGUGGCCCUGAAAAUGAACAUUUAAUAUUGAAAAUUUAUGGUGAUUCAACAUACAACUCUAAAGCGGUUGAAAUCUAUCCACUUUCUUCCAUGUCUUCCAAAGAAUGUUAUGUUGUUAAAUCCCAUCACGUUUGGGUAUGGUGCGGUCAAUCUUCGACAGGUGAUGCUCGAGAAGUAGCCAAAAAUAUUGGCACUCUCUUGGGCGAAAGUUCUUUGGUGCUGGAGGGUAAAGAGCCCAAAGAGUUUUGGCGUUCUGUUACCAAUUUUAUGAAUCAAAAUCUUAUACCAAAUGGUUUGAACAACUCCAACGGUUCUUGCACUAAUAGCAAUGGCAGUUCAAAUAGCACAAAUGGCAGUAUUUCACCACCCUCUACAAAUGGCAGUAGUACACCGCAGUACUGCAAUAGCUCCCCUAACAAACCACGUCUUCAGACUCAGCUAUUUCUGGUGUGGUCUUUGCGCAACAAAUUCUAUAGCGAAGAAGUUUUGGGCUAUGAACAAACCGAUCUAUCACCCGAAUGUGUCUAUAUACUAGAUGCUGGUAUUAUAACGUAUGUCUGGUUGGGCAAACAUGUUUCGGCUUACGAAAAAGAUAAAUACCUUAAUAUGGCUCAAAGUUAUUUGGAAACGGUACCCAUAGCUAGAAGACCCACAACCGCUAUAGGUGUGGUUAGGCAGCAAGAUGAACCCAAUGUUUUUAAGGGUUUCUUUGAGAAUUGGAAUCAUCAGUUGUGGAAUAAUUACGUGACUUAUGAAAAUAAACGACAACUUUUGUCCAACACUUCCGCUUCGUCGAGUACUAAUGGUAAUGGUAUACAUUCAAAUGGCGAUGCUAAUGGCAAAGUUCAUCCUGCUUUGUUGAACAAUCAAAAGGAUUUCGAUUGUCAUCAAAAAUAUCCUAUAUCAGUUUUACAACAAGAAAUCGAUUUACUGCCAGCAGAAAUUAAUCCCUUAAAACGAGAGGUUCACUUAACCCAUGAUGAUUUUGUAUCCCUAUUCAAUAUGUCAUUUUGGGAAUUUGAUGAGUUACCCGGUUGGAAGAAACAAGAAUUAAAAAAGAAAUAUAAAUUAUUUUAAAAGUUAUUUUUUAUUAUUUAUAUAUGUUUAUUUUAUAAAUUUUCCCCCCAAAAAAGGAAAUAUUAUUAAAUUUAUACACUAUUGCAAACAUUUUUAAUUUAUAAACAAAACUUUUUGUAAAAAGCUAUUUUAUUUUACAAAACAAAUGUAUUUAAAACAAAUAUAUAUAUAUUUAUAUAAAUAAAAACUAUAUAAAAAUAAAUUAUGAAUAAUAUUUAAUAAAAUAUAUUGAAUUUAACAAU